ACGGGUUUCACGUGCUGUCUUCCACGAGUCUGUCUCUUUCGUGGGUCAGCACUAGCUUCCAAGAUGCCGCCCAAACAGCAGCAGAAGGGAAAGGACUCCGGCAAGUCUAAAACGUCACAGAAGAAGCCCACAUCGGGUGGAGGCAAGGCCAAGAAGAAGAAGUGGUCCAAGGGAAAGGUCCGUGACAAGUUGAACAAUUUGAUCCUCUUCGACCAGGCCACAUAUGACAAGCUCUACAAGGAAGUCCCAAGCUACAAGCUCAUCACACCCUCAGUCGUCUCUGAAAGACUGAAGAUCAGAGGAUCACUGGCCAGGGCAGCUCUCAAUGAACUCCUGAAUAAGGGUCUCAUCAAGCAAGUCGUGAAGCAUCACUCACAGCUUAUUUACACAAGGACAACCAAGGCAGGUGCAGAAGAGGAGGCGGCUGCUGGCAAGUAAACUCAUCUCCAGCGACACUAAACUCUGGUUUUCAUCUUCCACAAAAUACCCAUCAAAUGCAAAACUUUCUAAGGCUCUAAACGCCCGGUCAAUCAAGGGCUGCUGAAUUUCGUUCGUCAUGGAUCCCGAGAUGUAAGAAGCUAAUGUCGAUCUUCUUAAACUAAGUGGGCUGAACACAGCAGUGGACAACUAGAAAAUGAAAAGUAAGAUCAAUACGCUAUCGACGAUGCUCGUGGCUUCAUGAGAUCUUGUCUCCAGUUGUCUCUGCAUGAAAUACCAAUAAUGUGGAAUUUUUGUAGCACCUUUCGGCGGCUUUAAUUUGGAAAUAAAUACCCAUGGAUUAGGUGGGCACGUGGACAAUUUAAAAAGUGA